AUGGGACAACAGAAUUUGAUAUACAGCUUCGUGGCUCGUGGUACGGUGAUCCUCGUUGAGUAUACAGAAUUCAAAGGGAAUUUCACUUCCGUCGCUGCACAAUGCCUUCAGAAGCUUCCUUCUUCCAACAACAAGUUUACAUACAACUGCGAUGGUCAUACCUUCAAUUACCUCGUCGUAAAUGGCUUCACCUAUUGUGUUGUUGCUGUUGAAUCUGUUGGGAGGCAGAUUCCAAUGGCUUUCUUGGAGAGAGUCAAGGAGGAUUUUAGCAAAAGAUAUGGUGGUGGUAAAGCUACCACUGCUAAAGCCAACAGCUUGAACAGAGAGUUUGGGUCUAAACUGAAGGAGCACAUGCAGUACUGUAUGGAUCAUCCUGAAGAGAUUAGCAAACUUGCCAAGGUUAAGGCUCAAGUGACUGAGGUGAAGGGUGUUAUGAUGGAGAACAUUGAGAAGGUCCUUGACCGAGGUGAGAAAAUUGAGCUUCUAGUUGACAAAACCGAGGACCUUCGUUCACAGGCUCAAGAUUUCAGAACGCAAGGAACGAAACUGAAAAGAAAGAUGUGGUAUGACAACAUGAAGAUUAAGCUCAUUGUCUUUGGUAUCAUCAUGGCCUUGGUUCUCAUCAUCAUCCUCUCGGUUUGUCCUGGCUUCAAGUGUACCUAAAUCUUAAUUAAAAAGAUUAAGAAGAAUAUAUAUGUUGCGAGAUUACCAGCCCCAUAUUGCUCCGUUAAGCUGAUUGGAACUUUUCCCGGUAUAUGCCCUUCCCUUUCGUUUUGUUAAUGCAGUCUGUCUACAUAUCUUCAUUUGAUUUCGUUAGGAAAAAGAAAUAUUGUUACUCUGUAGUACUGCGAAAUCAUCCUUUAGGUUGAAUGUUUGGAAAGAGAUGUAAGCUGUUGGGGGUUUGCUUAUAUAUAGAGUAGGUCUCUGUGCUCAUGGUGAUUUUUUUUCUUUUUUUUU